GGAAUAGCGGUUACACUUACAGAAUCUAAAGGGGCACUGUCUAUCGUAGUUGCUCUCCCAAAAUCGUUUAGAAAUCAGACGAAAGGUCUUUUGGGAAUAUGGAAUGGCAACAAGAGUGAUGACUUAACUACACCAGAAGGACAUGUUCUUCCUUCCAAUGCAACUGGCAGAGAGAUUCACUUUGAUUUUGGACAAAGAUGGCAAGUUAACGAGACAAAUUCCUUGUUUACUUACAACGCCAACGAGUCAGUUUUUACCUUCUCGAACACCUCAUUUAUGCCAAUGUUUGUCGACGAAAUAAAGUUCGCAAACAAAACUCUUGAGAAGCAGGCAUUGGCUGAAUGCAAUGGUGAUGUCAACUGCUUAUUCGACGYAGCCUCCACAAAUGACGUUUCUGUUGGACUGGACACCAAAGUAAUUGGCUCUCAGUUGGUUAACGAUUCUGCGAUACUUAGCAAUUCUCCCCCGAAAUUUCCAAAUUAUACAUCAGCAAUAUUACUGACUAUCAAUGUUACCAAACAUCUUGAAAUCCCUGUUGAGGACACCGAUGGGGAUUSUGUUASAUUCAACGUAACUGGAUUACCAAAUGGAGCUAUUGUCAAAACAAACAGUUCCACAGUUUCUGUUUCAUGGGAUGUUUCGAUGGAAAAGGUUAAUAUUUCGUUUAUUGCUACUGAUGCUAAAGGUGCUGUUGCUCUUCUAAGACCAGUAUUCCAUUUAUGCGCCUGCCAAAAUGGAGCAAAAUGCGUCSAACARCUAGAUGRAAUCCAAAGCSAAAGUGACAAUCGCUUUACAAUCCUGUCGUGCGAGUGUAGAAGUGGAUACACAGGGCAGUAUUGUGAAAAUGAUACCGAUGCUUGUAAAGUCAAUCUAAAUCCAUGUUAUCCUGGUGUUGUUUGCAAAGAUCUUCCUGCUCCAGCAAAUGAGAGUGGGUACGAGUGUGGACCCUGUCCAUCUGGAUUGACAGGGAAGGGUGACUCAUGCCAAGAUAUUGAUGAAUGUCAAGGUGGCUUAAAGCGCUGUUCACAAAAUUGCUACAACACCCCUGGGUCGUUUAUUUGUGGUUGUGAUAAYGGRUACUCACUUCAAAAUGAUGGUUCCACUUGUCAGGAUAUAAAUGAAUGUCAACCUUUAGCUGAUUGCAUGCAGAAGUGUGAAAAUACGCCUGGAAGCUAUCAAUGCAGUUGCAACAGUGACUUCAAAGUGGACCUUUCUGAUCCAAAAAAAUGCAUCCCUAAGUUUCCGUGCAAAGAUGGAAGUCAUGGUUGCCAAGAUGUUUGCUUUGAGUCUAAUGACGUAGCUACAUGUGCAUGUCGUAUGGGAUAUCAGCUAAAGUCAGACAAAAAGUCAUGCGAAGAUAUCAAUGAAUGCAAUGAAGGAAAGGCCAGAUGUAACCAGCUAUGUUACAAUAAGGAAGGCGGCUAUAAUUGCGGCUGCAUUGGAGGAUUUCGUCUCAGUUCUGAAAUUGUGACGUGUGUUGAUAUCGACGAAUGCAUCGAGUGGACCUUCAAUUGUUCAGCUUCGCUGCGAUGUGAAAACACCAUUGGAUCCUACAAUUGUAGAUGUCAGGAGGGCUUAUAUUGGAUUAACAACAGAUGCCGUGAACUGUCCAUUGGAGAGAAGAAACCAACCCCUAAACCUCCACCAAAGCCACCAACCCCCUCCAAAGAAGAUCUCCGUAAUUCUGUUAACGUUACGAUAAAAGAACUGGACAUUUCUGAGUGGACUCUACAACUCGAUCUUGUGUUUAAAAAGGGUGUUGCGCGUGAAGCUACGGCAUUUUGCGCAAAGAAUAACAUUUGUCUUCUACCGAAAGGACGCAAAAGACGCUCAAAUAUAUUCAUUACCUUCACUUCAAACGAUGUAAAACUUGUUGGUUUCCCAAUACAACUGGCUAAUGCACCAUCUGGUGGCAUGAACGCUCUUGUAGCAUUUUACGUCAAAUUUCCACUCGAAGUCCCUUCAAAUCUYAGUGACUCUAUUGAYGGUKCUAUACUMGUCGAUAUCAUAAAUGGUUCACUUGGUAAUAUCGGUAAAGACAUUGGCAAGAUCAUACUGUCAGUGUCAAGAUACCAGAUUCAAACUUCAGUCACCACAGAGUCCCCAGAAGCGACUUCUUUUGGCUUUUACCCUGAAAAGAAUAGCUCGCUUGUUUAUAUAAUUGGUGGAUUAGUUGGCGGUACAAUUGUUCUUACUUUACUAUUGGGCCUUAUAAUAAGAUGUAAAAGACAGCAAUCAAAAAUAUCUUGCACUGUACAAGAGGGUACUAAUGUGGAGAUGAACGAAUACUACCAAGAUGGAACUUUCUUUCAAAAUCCAAAUGCAGAUUCCAAGCAAUAAAUAUGGUGAUUGCAAAACUUUAGUCUGAGACAAUGCUGAGAACCCAGGACCUCUUGAGGGAAUUUGGGCAGUGUGAUUCGAGAGAGCCUAGUACUAAGAUUAACAAAACUUUGUACCCAAUGCUUUGUGCAUUGAAUGUGUAUGUGUUGAGAAAUAUGGAAUGCUUAGUAAUUUUGCAAGGAGCACAAUCUUGGACAAAACGUCUUGGGACUUUCGCAUGAGUUUGGGAUAUCCAUCCACGCUGUUCAUAACUACCCUUGUUCGUCCAUAUUUGUUCUGCCUAAACCGCUUCUCCCCCUUUCAAUGUUGUAGUUGUGWGGUUGACGGUUUGCUGUCGGUACUGUGGCAGUGCAAGGAGGCGGUUUCGAGUGUAGACGAUCAACUAUAGACGAUACCCUAUAGCACGAAACAUGAUUCCCAAGGAUUUUUUCCAAGAUUGUAAUCCUUUUUAGUCAUUUUAAAAGGAAUAAUUUGAAACCAUUAUUUGGAAUUCCUUUCACUAGUUUUGCUUUCCAUUCAUCAAAUAGGUUUGAUAAUGUUUUUUUAGAUUUUUGAUAGUUUUGAUAUUAUUUCAACGUGUGGCACAAGUAUAUCAAUAUAUUAACUUUUGGUGUGUUUAAAAACGCCUAAAAUCCUCAGCCAUGACACAUCCAGGUAGUGCCUCAGUUUGUUGGUAUAUUAAAAUGGUUAUACUAUGAUGUGAUUUAACAAAUGUGACAAAUAUAUUUUUGGAAUAAAAAAGUUUUGAUUCCGUUA